CCUGCGUCAAAGUCAUAUUGUUUUCCGCGGAUGUGGAAAAAGUAGCGCACGUGUUUUGUUUUGUGGCUUGGCUUUAGAGCAUUUUAAUAUAAGAAAUAUACCUUAAUAAGUAAUUUGUGGUCCCUUUUGGAUAAUAUAAUUAUUAUAAGUCUGUGUAUUCGUGCCCAGUUACCAUGUAAUCUAUUGUGAAGAUAUGUCUAAAGAAGGUUAUACUGCGGAAAAAAAAGACGGUGAUAAUAAAGUGGUUUUAGAAAGACUGCAGACCUAUCUGAAGGAUAAGAGGAGCACUGAAGCAGCUGAAGCAAGUUCUGUAUACAGUAAGCCAAGUACUAGUUACGAACAAAGUCAUCAAUCAGCGCCAGUGUUCGAAGACAGUAGCAACGUGUUACGCGAAGUAUUGAACCACAAAAAAGCAGAGUUACUGCGUCAGCCCGAAGUCAUAGCAUACCUGAAGUCUGUUUCGUCCGAUCUCAAAAAAUAAAAUGGCUUUAACAGCGCAAAAAAGUGUAGCAAGCUUAAUGCAAAAAGCUUUGAAUCGUCAAGCAGCCAUCACUCGCCUGAAAUUUAAAUUUACUGAGAAGCAGGUGGAAAAGAUUAUCCUGAGUUACGUGACAGACGGUCUCAAUGGUCCAUAUCAUGAGUUGUUGAAAGCAUUGAAAGAGUAUGAACUGAAUGAUGAAAAUUACAGGAUUCUAUUUGAGGAUAGCUUGUCGUGUGUGGUGUUGUUUAAUAGGGACUUUAGUCAGUUUGUGGAACUGGUGUGCAGUGUGGAGUGGGCAAACCGCAGCCCGGAGUUGGUGGAACAGUUCAGCAAGUUUGUGCUGAGCUUGGUGACUGCACACACCUACCACUGCCCUAGGGUUAUGACAUGCCUCUUGAGAUGCUUUAAAGUGGAUGGUGAGAAUUGGGAAGAUAGUCCGGAUGAUGAGAUAGUGGCUCGAUGGUCCAACAUUCAUACAAUAAUUGCACAAAUUGUUGCAAUCAUGCCUAUGACCAGUGACAUUCUGAUGCAGACUGCUAUAGAACAAUUCCCAUAUUACAAGGCAGGAUGUUACGUCAACAGAUCAUACAUUUACAAUCUUAUUUGGAUGAGCAAGUAUAUACCUCUGCUAAAGGAACAAAUUGUAGCAGCAAUAGUUAAUAGACUAGUAGAAAUGGAUGUCAAUGUAGUAGAUUCUAACAAAAAGAAGGCUAAAGAGAAGGAAUUGUUUGAAAUGGAGGGAGACGAGCCAGACGUUGUUAGCGAUACUCUUGAUUAUUGUAUGUUGGAAAUGCUUCGGUGGCUGGAGGAUGAACGGGACCCGGCUAUGGUUAUCUUGUGCAAUGUCUUCGAAAGAAUAAUCCUGCCAACACAUGGAACUAGACACGUCCAAUUCCUCCUGCUAUACACAAUAUCCAUUAGCCAACAAUGUGCAGACAGAGUCCUGAACAAUCUAUGGAUCAUCGCAGCCGGCCUCCACGGACUUGGUCCCGGAGCAUUGUCAACUAGGAAGACAGCUGCCAGCCACCUGGCAGGCCUCCUAGCCCGAUGUGUCAGAGUGCCUAACUCGAGACUCAUACAUUACUUAAAAGCCAUGGCGGAAUGGUGUCAUUCGUACAUAACAGCUAUGCAGGAAUCGACCACGGCCAGUGAUAACACUAAAUACCAUGGAGCUUUCCAUUUUAUCUGCCAUGCGAUAUUCUAUCUAGUUGCUUUUAAGAAUCAUCACCUGUUUAUGAGUAAAGAAAGUCUGCUUUUCGUAGAAUCCCUGAACCUGCCGCGACUGGUGACCUGCGCUCUGAAUCCAUUGAAGACCUGUCCCCCGCAAGUGGUCCACGCCUUCUCCUCCGUGACCCGCUCGCACCAAGUUGUCUAUUGCCAGUCGAUCAUAGAGAAGAACACGAGGCAGACCCUGUCCACUGUCAGAUUGCAAUACGACGAGUGGUUCCCAUAUGAUCCUUAUACAUUACCAAGAUCUGGUAAAAUAAUUUGGCCACUAUGCAUAGAAUACAAAGACUUCUUGAAGGAAGGCGACGACGAGUCACAAUACUCCAAGAUGUCGAAGAAAAUGGAAGAUGAUGAUUACCUGAUGAUGGCAACCAGCCCCAAACUGUCCAGGCCGGGCUUCCGAACCAGUGAAAGUGUAUUUAUUCUGUCAAGAAAGUGAAGAAUUUAAAUGAGGAUGCUGCCUCCUGUUGGCCGGCAACGCUGGGUGUUUAUCAACAAAUCUUGACCAUUCCAUUUGGUAUUGCUAUUGCAAAAAAAUGUAGUUCGUCAAAAAUCCGUUUACUUUCUUGAUAGACUGAUUUGUAAUUUUGUACAUAAUUGAUUUGUAAAUUGCCAAAAUGUUGAAUUUUAUGAAUGUAUAGUGAAUAGUGUCAAUAGUUUGUUAAAUGGGGUGUAGAUUUAUUUAUCAUAAGCUAUUUACUAUGAUCCAUUUAAUAUUUGUAAUUUACAUGGAUCAGUGAUGCAAUAUACUUUAUUGCAACAUAAGUGAAAUAUAUAAAAAAAGAUAUAUCACUACACAAAAGUGAUCAGCAAGUUCAAACUUAAUUCAGGCUAUUUUUAUUAUUUUUAGUACAUAAUUUUAUGUACAAAUGUUCGUACAAAAUGUAUGCUAUAUUGAUUCAGUCUUAAAUAAACUGUAGUCAGUCAUACUUUAUUAUCUUUUAACUAGUAUUUAUUGCAAGAAUUUGUUUUAUAUGAAUCUUACUAGAUUUGAAGAUAGAAUCUGGAAAAAAUGUUCACAACGUUUAUGUAUGAUUGUUUACAUACAAAAAAUGCUAAGACUGUUUUAUUCUGCUAUUUAAUGAUCAGUCAUUUUAUUAAUAUGUUAUUCUACAUAUUUACCAGUGUCUUGAGUUUUCUGGUUAUAAAACUUUUGUUCGUUAUUCAAGCUAUUUAUAAUAAGCCGCCUGUAUUUUAACCAGUGAAUUUCUAGAAAUAAGAUCUUGUUAUAUUUGUAUUCAGUAGCAGUCUGCAAUAAUAAAUAUAUAUUUAUUGAAUAA